GAUGGCUGAUGCAGCUUAAAUCUAUGGUCAAAAAAAGUAUUUAUAUAGACAGGAUGGAUUAUUUAUUCGAUUCAAUGAUAAUGAUAAAGAAUUGAUUAUAAGAUCUUUAAAUGGAUCAAUUGAUGUAUAAUUGAGGUAAAAGUUUUAAGAUUUCAACCCAUAAUAAUCAGAUUGUUUAGAAUUUAAUGCAAUUUAUGGAAUUGUAACAUUGAAAUAGUUGAAUUAUUUAGUUGUUGUUGUAAAAGCUGCUUUCAUUAGUUCAAUAAUGAAUUUACCAAUAUUUUAAGCUGAGAAGUUCUAAUUUAUUCCUAUCGAAGAUAAAAAGUAAUAUGAAAUUAAUAAAAUCAAGAAUAAGUUCUAGAGAUGCCUAAUACAUUGCAGGUCUUCAGGAGAUAUUUAACACGAAAACCUUUUAUUAUUCUGAAUAAUAUGAUCUAACAAACUCGUUGUAGAGAUAUGUAGAAAAUAAAGGAAUUCGUAAGCCAUUAUCUUAGUAUUGGAUGAAUAGUGAAAAUUGCAAACCUUUUCGUUUAUGUAAUCCAGAAUAAUGGAUACCAAUUUUUAUUUCAGGUCUUAUUGCUAUUAGAUAUUUCAAAUUAAAUGAUAUAGAUUGUUAAAUAUGUUUAAUUAGUAGAAGAGAUAAAAGAAGAAUGGGUAGAAGAUUCAUUAGUAGAGGAGCUGAUUUAGAUGGGAAUUGUAGUAAUUUUGCAGAGACAGAAUAAAUAUUUAGAUAUUAAUCAAACUAUUUUUCAUUUUUAUAAUCUAGAGGUUCCAUGCCUUUUAAAUGGAUAUAGAAGCCAGAUUUAAAAUGGGCACCAAAAGCUAAGAUUUUAGGAGAUAUUACUACUAAUACUGAAAUAGCAUAAAAACAUUUUUCUGAUUAAUUUUAAUUAGGUAUUCAAAGAUAUAUUCUUGUUAAUUUAAUUGAUAAAAAAGGAACAUAAAAUGUAUUAGGGAAUUAUUAUAAUGAUGUGAUUAAUAGAUUAAAAAAUGACAAUUUAAAAUAUAUAUGGUUUGAUUUUCAUCAUGAAUGUAGAGGAAUGAAAUAUUAGAAUUUAUCAAAAUUAAUAAAUAUGAUGGCUUCAGAUUUAAAACUUGAAGAUUAAUGUAGUUUUGAUCUUAAAUCAGGAACUUCAUAAUUAAAUAUAAUCAAUGUGAUGACUACUUAGAAAUCCAUUAUAAGAACAAAUUGUGUUGAUUGUUUGGAUAGAACUAAUGUAGUUCAAUCUGUAAUUGCUAGACAUUAACUUUGGAAUACUUUAUAAAAAUUAGGAAUACGAAGAAACACUGUAAAUUAUUCAAUAAUAUUUAAUAGAACUAAGCAAUGGAACCAUUUCCUGAUAAAUUAGAAUAGAUAUUUAGAGACAUUUGGACAUUGAAUGCAGAUACUAUUUCAUUAUUAUAUACUGGAACAGGAGCUUUGAAAACAGAUUCAACAAAAAAAGGAAAAAGAACAGUUUUAGGUGCAAUAGAAGAUGGUAGAAGAUCUAUAAUUAGAUAUUUCAUUGGAAAUUUUCAUGAUGGAGGAUAUUAAAAUAAUAUAGAUCUUUUAACAAAUAAGAUAGAUUUGAAGAGACAUGAAUAUAAUAACAAAUUUUUUACAGGAUGGCAUUGUUUGUUAUUGAUUGUAAUUAUAUAUAUAUAUAUAAAACAUAGUUUGCCUCUGUUCAUUUAGGAUUAUGGAAACUUAGUGGAUUUGCAUUAUAACAUCCAAAGGUGAAUUAAAUAUUAGGAAUUUAAAAAAAACAAGAAAAUAAUGAUUAACUUAAGAUAACAAUUGCUCAUUUUGCUUUAGUAGCUACAGGAAUGUUUAUUAUCAGAACACUUAUAUUAAGUAAAUAUAAACUGUUUGUCAGAGAAGCCAAGAUAAACCAUUGAUU